UGCCAUUGACUCCCUGUGCAGGAGACUGAUCACCCUAAACAAAUGUGUGGAGAUGAACCAGGAGACUGGCCGGAUGAAGAGGCGGGUGAGUGGAAGCCGUGCGGUGAAAGGGUCUGCACUACUCCACACUGCAUCGUACAUCCCAUAGAGCGCACUGCAUCACACCACUGACCCACUAACCCAUGAGGCUACUACUAAGACAGCCAUGAGACGCAAACAAAUAUUUCCAUGUUUUUCCAUGCAUAGCACAACAUCGCGAUUAAGUACAAUGAUUGACUUCCAUGACGAAAGCAUGUUUCAAGAAUUAAACACUUUCUGAGAUAAAUAAGAUUGUUGCUCACUCUCUAAAAGGCACCCUCAGCAAAGGCACGCAGAGAAACAUGCAGUGGAGUCACAUGAUAACCAGACACAUUUUUUACAUGCUCACAAAUCUGCCUAUAUAAACUAUACAUAGCGUCACCCUGUGGUGUAGUGGACAGGAUUAACAGUUCGUUUAUUAGGGGCCCUCUUUAUGUACAUCUGCUCCCAUGGAAACCCAUCUGUUUGGUUACACUCCCACAGUCGUGGCAUAGCAUUGGAUAAUGGUUUGCGGUUUUACGGGCCAGCAUAACAUAAACCACCCAGCCAGUGAACAGUGAGCAACUCUCUCUCUCUCACACUGUUGCUGUUUCACAAUGCUUAGCUACACAAACAGAACAGUGAGCUUACUUUACACGGAAAGCAUGUAGGGCUUAAUACUUUCAGUGAAGGUUUCUUGAAAUCAUCGUAGAAGUCACACAGCUCUUUGGCUCAAUGAGCCAGUUGAUCCUCGGCGAGGUGUGUUCACCUGUUCCUCCACUUCUCCGUAUGGUGCUCACUUGACUAUUAGUAGUUCAAUCAAAGCCACACACGGUCUUUCUCAAAACCUAGGACAGUGUCCUUCCAAGUGUAUCAGCCUAAUUAGUUACGCCAAGUGAUUGGAUACUCUUUGGUAAACUCUACAGAAUAUCCAAUCACUGGGUAUGACUAAUAAAGAGUAUCCAAUCACUGGGUGUGACUAAUUAGGCUGAUACACUUGGAAGGACACUGUCCUAGGUUUUGAGAAGGGCCCUCUAUCUUGGCUGACUGACACAAACUCAUUAGGAGUGAGUAUGUAUCUAUGACAACUGUACAGACCGAGUAGGACUCGACUGGGUUGGGUUUUGAAGACUUUUCAUUAAUAUUGGAGAAGAAAACACUUCUCUUACACUCUGCACACAUUGCCUCAGUAUGGUGCACACUUAACACCAGUUCAGUCGGGUAACUGUAUGUUGGCUGAUUCAUGCUGGCUUCUUAGGUAUAUUUUGCCUAACCACUGUACCAUAACAAUUGCCAAACCAUUGGCUUAUGAUACUGAUGAGUAGAGGGAAGUCAAAUGUGCUAAGCUUCAUUUUGGAGCUUGAAGAUGGAGCUACAGUACCUUAAAGUUACUUUCAACUUUGCUCUUUUGAUGGACAUAAACUGAAUGCAGGACGUUCUUCACAGGAGAGGGUAGAUAUGCUGAAGGCAUAAAAAGUAAAUAGAAAAAUGGAUAAACAUUGACAUAAAUCAAGAGUUUCUAUGUAUCUGUGUGGGUGAUGUGUCUUUCAUCAGCGUUUUACAGUAAUAUCUUCAAUUCUGUAAUGUUUUUUUUCUUUUGAAGAGUGAAGAGUAAAUAGAAAAAUGCAUGAACAUUGACCUAAAUCAAGAUUGUCUGUGUACGAGUGAAGAGUCAGACGAUGAGGAGCCAUGUGCCAUUAGUUCCAAGUGGACCUUCAACCACAAGAACAGCUCAUGGGUACGGCGGGUAGACAGCAAAGAAGAGCUGAAGUUCCUCGCCGUUCCAGAGAGCCCACGAUCGUCAACUCAGAGGAAUAAUCGCCGGGCGACGUCUCCGAGCGACAAUCACGACGAGGGGCAGGAGGUGUGCUCAACUCGUAGCUCCAGCAGCUUCGACAGCGAUGGCGCCGCAGACGGCAAUGGAUUCAAGAUGGAGGAGGAGGAAGACGGCCUUCUCAGCCAGAUGUCCCGCACCAUGCCCACCUCCCUGGGCACCUUCCUCAGCAGCCCGUCGUCCCCCUCCCACACCCCCAGCUGCAGUAGCGGGGGACCCCUCACUCCAGUACUGGCACACAAGCCCCCACACAAGAAGGGCCCUAGCCUGCUGCGGAAAAUGGAGCGGCUCCGACUGCGGGGCCCCUCCAAAGGAGGAAGCAGUGGGAGCGUUGCGGAUGUGGUCGGCGCUGGGUCAAACCGGGCACGCAGCCGCAGUCUGGGUCGAAACACCAGGCUGUUGAUCAGCGGGCCGGUUCUGCUGGACGGCCCAGAUCAGGAGCGGCUGAGGCAGCUGAACUGUCUGGACAUUGCGGAGUUGAAGGGUAAAGCGCCAAUGGGACACAGGGUCGCCUCGUCCUUCUCAUCUGCUUCCUCUUCCUCCUCCUCAUCAGCGUCUUCGACACCAGCUUCCAGCCCGUCUGCCUCCAGUGGCAGUGCCUCGGAGAGUGGCAGCGUAGUCAGCACCCCCAGCCCAGUGACACGUGUUCGGGGGAACAUCAAGCGCAACCGGGCCUGGAACCAGACCCAAGGUCCCAACCAGAGCCAAGAUCUGGAUCAGGAGAAUCAGGAUCAGAGCAUGAUCCAGAAUGAGAACAAGGCCCCACCAGGCCAGAGCGAGCAGGACCUGAACAAUCAGCGCAACCAGUGCAGCCUACGACAGCUCUACGAGGAAACCCUCUUCCGUAUCCCAGAGGGCUAUAAGCCGGGCACAUUCCCCACCGCCCUUGCCCAUGGCCUGGCCUCGCCGCUCUCCCCCAUCGAUGACCCCUCCGUCAACUGGAGGACUGGCAGCUUCCACGGCUACCACAACCGUCGUUGUCGAGGUGGAGGUAGUGGUGUUGUUGGCGAUGCCGGUGACAACAAAAGCCCCCUGGCAGCUCCCGCCGUGGACCACCGAGCCAGUAUCUACGACAACGUUCCACCAGACGCCACCCCUCUUCCACCGGCAGCGCGUCGCCUGAUCCCGGACGAGCCCCCAUCGCUUAAGGAGUUGGGCAGCAGCCUUGAUGAGGAUGUGUUCCGGGCGCUGGACUGCGUGAUGGAACGCAUCAACAGCCUGCAGCAGCUGGUGUCCACCUGGGCGGAUAAGCUGUCUGAGGACGGAGACUCGGACUUCAGCAACCACUCCAGCUCCAGCCCCUCGCUCAACGACAUUCACCUGGAGAUCAAGGAGCCCGAGGUGGAUGAGGAGGAUGGGGAAGGGGAGGAAGAGGAGAAGGAUAAUGCAGGGGAGGACUCAGCUGAGCCCACUACCACUACCACACAAAUGGCAGUUCCUGCCCAACUGCACUGGUUGAGCGAGCAGCAGGAGGUAGCAUGUCUGAGCCCAGACCUGGGGAUGGGGAUGGGGCUGGAGGGCCAGGGGCCAGCCCAGAUGAACCGGCUGCAGCGCCUCUCCCUCCUCCACCUCACCGCCCUCAUGGACCGCUACUCCCCUUCCUGCAAACAGGGCUGGAUAUGGACGGGUCCAAAUGUCCAGUGCCGGAGCCCGAAGAAGAGCCACCAUAAGCACCGUAAGGUGUUUGGGGUCCCCCUGCUGCGGAGUGUCCAGGCCCACGGCACCCCGCUGCCACCCAGCAUCCUCAGAGCCAUGCAGUACCUGAAGACAGAGUGCCUCAACCAGGUAGGACUGUUCCGGAAGCCCGGGGUGAAGUCUCGCAUCCAGAGCCUGCGGGAGAUGGUGGAGGCCGAUCCUGACGGAGUGUCAUUCGAGGGCCAGUCGGCGUUCGACGUGGCCGACAUGGUCAAGCAGUACUUCCGGGACCUUCCGGAACCUGUGUUCUCCGAGAAGCUCAACGAGUCCUUCCUGCACAUCUACCAGUAUUUCCCCAAGGAGCAGCACUUCCCGGCUCUGAGGGCGGCCAUCUUGCUGCUCCCUGACGAGCACAGGGAGGCGCUGCACUCCUUGCUCCUCUUCCUGAGGGAGGUGACCGCCCGCGUGGAGGAGAACCAGAUGACCCCCACCAACGUGGCCGUCUGCCUGGCCCCCUCCCUCUUCCACCUCUGCUCGCCGCGCCGCGACCAGACCCGACACGGAGGCACACGGAAGCACAGCCUGGUGAAGCCUGAUCAGAGAGACCUGAGUGAGAGUCUGGCAGCAACACAAGGUCUGGCACACAUGCUGACAGAGGUGUCACGUUUGUUCAAGCUGCCUGCCUACAGCCUACCCAAGGAGACACAGCAGGAGGCGGAGGAGGAGGAUGAGGAGGAGGAAGAGGAGAAGAAGAGCCAGGGGGAGGUGGAGGAGGAGGAGGCGAAGGAGAAGGAGGAGAGCCAGGGACAGCAACAGCAGAAGCAGCGGGAGCCGGAUGCGGAGGAGUGCCUCCGACUGCGGCAGUCGGCCCAGCAGCUCCUGAAGGAGGCCAGGGAGAAGGCCCGGGGAUGGGUCAGCUGUCCCAGCAUGCACCAGCACGUAGACCUGGCCUACAAGAAGAUGGAGGACGGGCAGGCGCUGCGCUUGUGGCGGGGCAGCGUGGAGGUGGAGUGCCCGGGCCAGGAGGUGCUUCAGAGGCUGCUGAGGGAGCCUGGGGCCUGGGGGUGCUGGGGGAGCAGCAGCAGCAGCAGCAGCACAACCAGCAGGGGGCAGCAGAGGGGCCUGGAGCUCCUGGGGCCGGCCACAGUACUCGAGACCCUGGACAAGGACGCCCACAUAUGCAGCUACACGCUACAGGGAGCCGGGAGCAGACCCCCCCUACAGCACGUCCUACUGAGGACGUGGCAGACGGACCCCUCGUCUGGGCCCCUGUACGUGGCCAGUGAGUCCCGAGACCACCCCGACGCCCCGCUGCAGGGGCUCAGGGCCCGGGUGCACACCUGCCUCUACCUGGUGGAGCCCCUGGGGAGCAAGAGGUCGCGACUCACACACUUCUGCCGGACAGACACCAGGGGCCGGUCGUCAGCGUGGCACAACAGGGUGUGUGGGCAUCAGCUGGCACACGGGCUGCAGCGCGCCAGGGACUGCUUCAAGAACAAGGCCAAGGACGGGCGCUCAUGACCCUGACCAAACACCACACACACACAGACACACACACACACGAAGAGCAUAAACCCCGUCCCCAGAGACCGUUCCCUCUGUUUGUCCAGAUUCACAAGAAACGCAUAAGACGAGUCACCUGGGACCAAGACACUCACAGAUCAAGGGCAGAGAGAGGCGGCAGCA